AGACCUGCUCAUCAUCUAACCUUCUGCCAUUCAUCAUCACCCGGUUCUCAUUCCACCCCUCUUUUCUGAAUCCCAAACCUCCUUUCAACAACAUACCGACUGAAGGGUCAUACCCAGCCAAAAUCCCAGGAACCCGCAUACCCCACCCUCCCACCCUCAAACACCCACUCCCGAGUUCAAUUCCCUACUUCCCCCAUCGAUCUCAACACCAACACUCGCGUAGCAGCAGACUGCCAAUUGAAUGCUGAUCCCGGUCCCCUCGGUCUGCCUGUCCACCUCAGACCUAGACGACCCCAAUAUCAAACCCAUACCCUCCACACCAACCGAACCAAACACAUGGCCCUCCACAUCAUCAACAGCAGCGCACCAGGUGCAGUAUAGGACCCGAUCCAUACCCAAAGCCAGAACAUCGACCCUCUCGAGGACCUCCCUACACUAUCGUCACCACCACCGUAAUCGCCCAUCAAAGCAAUUUGUCGCAACCACAUCAAGCGACAUCUUCGGAGACUGGGAUAUCGAGCUCAAAAUUGAUCACCGCACACUGGCAAGAUCAAAAGGCAGUCAUACAGGAAUGGUGUCUACAGCUACAGCAAGCAGUGGGAGAGGUGGUAGUAGAGGAGGAGCAUCUAUAGCCGUUGAUGCAGGGCUUGGUGUUCACAGUGGAUCGUCAGGAACGCAACCGCUCUCUACAUUCCCCUUAUCCUCAUCAACAACGCCUUUAUCUCCGCCAUCUUCAUCCGCUACUACUGCCGUUGCCUCGAGUCCUGCCCUAAAGAUCCUGAAGGGUGAACUGCCCCCAACCCCUUCGCCAGCGAACCCCCAAAAUAACACCAGCACCAAUACGACCACGAUCAUACCAACAGUAACAUCAAUAUCAGCAUCCCAAAAGAAGCAACCCCCUUGGAAGCCAGGGCAGCAAAUAAAGGACGCCAACGCCAAUACCACUCCUAUAACAACGAAGCCAGCAGCAUCGACAGCAGCGAAAAAGACACGGGGCAAACAAGAGGCGGAUGAAAUAAUAGGAGAUCCUACGCCCUCGACUGCCACGCUUGGUCCCUCUGCAAGGUCUAGUUUCCUCAAGGCCCUCGGCAGAUUCAAAAACAAGCAUCUGCAGCAGAAAAGAUCGAGUGCAUUCCCAUCUUCCAUGCCUGCAAUCGAAUCAUCGCCGCCUGUCGAUAGACGGGCAUCCUAUGUUAUCCCACCCAUCCAGUUUGACGAAUCAAACGCACAAGCGCACUCUUCUGUCGCAGACAUGAAUCAUGAGUCUACGCAGUACGCGGCACCUGAGGAUUCACUCGAGAUCUUGCAGCAGCAGCAGCAACCAGUUCUACCCCAGAUUGAGGGACCAGGCGCAGAGGGCACGUCAUCUCUACGUGUCAAGUUCAAGAACAAAGUAAACAACACGCUAGCUUCAAUGAAGUCAUCAUCGAAUCUGCGAGACAGGGCCAAAGCUCAGCUCCUGGAUUCUUUUGAGGACCCUUCAGCACAGCAGAGAACCACCGCCAAUGAGCGUCGCCAGUCCGCUUUUUUCACCUCCUCUAGCGACACAGCCCAUCAACAACAGCAGCAACAGUGCAACUCCAAUGUCAGCAAUGGCAGUGCUUCAUCCUCAGGAAAGAAUCGACACUCGAAAAACUUUUGGACAUUCCCUCGCGUCCGUCUUGAGGUUAGUCAACCAUCGAAACAGCUCGCUUUUGGAGAAAAUUCUAGCAACAACAGCACAAGCAAACCAGAAUCGGCCCAAGAUGCGACCAUACAUUCACCUGAGCUCGGACCUGCAGACGAAGGCUCGGCAACAUUGCAUCAACAGCUGCAAGAGCUUAGGGUCGACGAACCCGAUUCUGACCACUCCCUCGACAUCAUUCAACCAGCGGAUUACGAGGACUAUACCCAGUUUGCUGAACUGCCACUCAAGAAGCGCAAAAAGAUGGAGCGAUCGCUCGCAGCCUCAGAGGCAGCACACGGAUCAAAUGGGAGACCCAAUUCUAUGCGAAUCAGCACAGACGCCAUGAAGCGGUUCUUGACAAAGCAAGAGGCAGGGAAGAACAGGAUCGCGGAUGAGGAAGGUCGAGAGGCCACCGAGGUGCAGAGUCGAGAGAUUGGUGCAAUUAACAGCAACAGGAAGCGACCGCAGGCAGGCUCAGAAACUGGCGAGAGCUCAAGCAAGCGGCAAGGACAGCCGGCCUCUGAAUGGCGUCGGUCGCUCUUGAAGUCAUUGCACCUUGGUAAGGGAUAUCACCCCUCACAAAAGGGGCUGAACGCAGAUCUGAGCGUCAAGAAGGACCAACCCCCAGCAGCCCUAAGUUCAGUCCCAGAGACGGACCCACAGGUGACUAUAGCAGAAGCAGCUCGACUUUCGAGAUCAGGCAGCGUACACUCCACCCGAUCACGAUCCCUCACUACGUCGACUCACCCUGCGUUGCUGGCGACCACAAUCUCCAAGCCAAGGUCUCCGGGCCUUCGUCGUGAAACUUUGGAGAUGGCCAUGCGUCGUCGUCGGCAGAGCAGCGCUGCCCGAUCCAACACCAGCGGCACAGAAAUUUCACCUCCUUUGCCACUGUCGUCUGAAUUCUUCAACAUGGAGAAUAUCUCGACCACCAAUAUCACACACACCUUUACUAGUUUCACUUUGGAGCUCGCAGAAAUGUAUGCUCGCGAUGUCGUGAGUAACUCUGAGAUCCCCGGUCUUUUCAACUUCAAGCGACGCACGCCACGCUUGACGGUCUCAUCUAAUAUCAUGGAGUUAGACACCGACCAAGAAUUCAAGGGAUUCGAUUCGGAUGGCGAUGCCAUUAGUGGGUAUACGGGAGAUGCAGAUGUCUCAAUGGACGAAUUUCAAGUUAGGCCAGCAAAGACACCUACGACGCCUACGACACCGUUCAUGAAGGCCAGAGCAAGGAAUUCGAGCUUCUCGGCUAGCCCAUCGUCCCAGAGAAAGAUUUCCAGCGUCGACGGCGACUCUGAUACAGUUCCUGAACUGCCGACGCUCAAGAUCCGCACGCGCGACUUGAACAACAGGAACAGCAGUGGUGGACGUGGAGUUAAUGGUUACUCCAGGUUUACACGGCCAUUAUCUGGAUCCUCAUUUGAUAUGGAGCAAGAUCAGAUAGAUAGCCCUCGUUCACCACGACGCUCAGGACCAUCCUCGCCCAUCAGAUCACCGCGUUCACCCAUGUCCAUGGAGGAGGUCGUCUCGUGGAAACCUAGGAACGUAUACUCUCAGCCUCGCUCUCAAGUUUCAGCUCUCGACACAAAGCCCUUGAGGCCAACACGAGGCAGUGGGGUGUCCUCUUCCACGACCCUGGCCCCUUCCUCUCGGACACCAUAUUCUGCUGCUUUGACCGAGUCACCAGGACCGAUCUCACCGGGAGCAGGGAACAACGAGCAAGGAUCAUUCAGCCGCCACCACCUCCACCAACAGUCAUUCUCUUCAUCAUCCUCUUCGACUUAUCCUAAGCAUCUUCACCAGGCUUCCGGUGAUACGCUCGUUGCGGGCCACUCUCAUUUCUUGAGCACCGGCUCAACCUUUUCAGCGGGCUCCGGAUACUCGGCACAAACGCUUCCAGGCCAUCAUCAGUACGCGUCUUUGGGAGCCCAGGAAUUUGAUCCGAGCGACGAGUUCCCUCCAACAACACCUGCAGAUCUCAAGGCAAUGGAUUUUGAGGCCCUCCUGGCCACCGCGGAGAGGGAGCAGCAGAAAGGAUGGGAGGAUCUGAUGGCACAAAAGAAGGGAUACGAAAACAGUGCUUUACAGUUAUCCAUGGCAUUGCCAACCACGACACCACCACCAUCAUCAUUUAGCCGACCACUCAAUGUCUCGCCUUUGAAGAUUGCCAAUUCUUCGAGAAAACCCCAGUCAGGGCUUCAGCAGCAGCCAUCACAAGCACAGCGCGGCUCUGUGGCGUUUGAUCUCGCUCCAUCGGAUGACGGCGGUACAGGCACAGGUACCGGGACGGGAACGGGAAGUGACCGGUCUAUCAGAUCAAAGAGGGUGAUGAAGAAGAAGAUGAGCGUUAUUCGACUGGCAGGCAACGGCAACGGCAAUGUGCAGGGCCGCCGAGAGAACGAUGGCUUCAUCCGAGUAUCUAUUUCGCCGUCACCCUAUGCUUCCGCUCCUCCUCCUCCGCAGGACGUCGCAGUUGGCAGGUGGUAAAAGCGGUUUUAUCCAGGGCUAUUCCCAUCUUUCAAGCCCUUUUUGUCGCUCUCCCUCAUAGAAAAAAAAAAGUUAUGUACCCUUCACUACGCAUUUGUUGUAACAAGAAUGUAAUCAUGCCCAUGUACACGUACAGUAUUACCCCGCCUCCAUCCUCCCUUAAUCAUAAUAAAAAAAACCCCCUCCCCAUAGAAAACUUUCUUCUGG